ACCUGGAAGCGAGAGAGAAAGAGAGAGAGGACGUCUGCUUCUCCUCACAAAACAACCCACCACCACGUCCACUUUACCCCUCCACCCCCCAACUCGUGUGCACUGGGGGUUCUCCGUGACGACCCCCGCGCGUGGAUUCUAUGGAACAAGGGCCGACCUGGUACUUGUUAACACGAAGGCUAACUAGUUAGCUACACCUGCUAAUCUCCGUUUUUUUCGAUAUCGACUGGGAACAAGUUUACUUUGUCUACUUAUGAUUUUUUUCGUACUGCUUUCACGAGCAUUCGUUCAGAUCUAUUGUUUCUAUUUUACGAAACGAUUUUAUAAAUGUUUUUAAUACACCGGUAAAUAAGCUAACACACGAGCGGAUGCUUUAUAGCUCGCGUUCAGUGCAUUAAAACUAAUUCUUUUUUUUUGUUUUUACAGUUUAAUGCAUUUUUGAACGCUUUAACGCAACAUAAUAACGGCCGUUAAGUGGUUCGGAAAACGUUCUCCGUGCAUUUGGGACGUUUUCAGGUGAAUGGGAAAACAAAGGCGAGUGGAGUCUGCUAUGAUUUUGCCUCUUAUCCUGCAAGUUGCUUUUUAUUUCAAUUAACCCUGCAAACCAAACGAACGCUAUCCCGACCGAGGAAGACCCCAAAGCGGACUGAAGCAGUCGUCGUCGCCGAUCCCGGUGGAGCUAUUACACCAACAUUCCCCCAUGAACAUACAGAGGUCACGUCCUAUUAACAUUUCACGUCAUGGCAGAUCGCGGCACAAAUCGCACGACUUCGAAGAUCUAUCUUGCCUGAGGAGCGCCGAGUCGCACCAGAGCUUCAGCCCCAACCUCGGCUCGCCCAGUCCCCCGGAAACCCCAGACGCCUCGCACUGUAUCUCCCGCAUCGGGGACUACCUCCUGCUGGAGCCCCUGGAGGGGGACCACGUCUUCAGGGCUGCUCACCUGCACAGCGGCGAGGAGCUUGUCUGCAAGGUGUUGGACGUGGGCCGCUACCAGGACUCUCUGGCGGCCUACUUCGCCCUAGGCCACCACCAGCACAUCAACCAGGUCUUGGAGGUCCUGCUGGGCGAGACCCGGGCCUACGCCUUCUUCGAGCGCAGCCAUGGUGACAUGCACUCGUUUGUGCGCACCUGCAAGAAGCUGCGUGAGGACGAGGCCGCCCGCCUCUUCUACCAGAUCGCCUCGGCCGUGGCGCACUGCCACGACAGCGGCCUGGUGCUGCGAGACCUCAAACUGAGGAAGUUUGUUUUCAAGAACGAGGACAGGAGUUCCCUGAAGCUGGAGAGCCUGGAGGACACGUACAUGCUGGCGGGCAGCGACGACUCGCUGUCCGACAAACACGGCUGCCCGGCCUACGUCAGCCCCGAGAUCCUCAACGCGGGCGGCAGCUACUCGGGUAAGGCGGCCGAUGUGUGGAGCCUGGGCGUCAUGCUCUACACCAUCCUGGUGGGCCGCUACCCCUUCCACGACGUGGAGCCCGGCUCGCUCUUCAGCAAGAUCCGCCGCGGGCACUUCAGCGUGCCCGACACGCUCACGCCGAAGGCCAAGUGCCUGAUCCGCGCUAUUUUACGCCGCGAGCCCACCGAGCGCCUCACCUCACGCGAGAUCCUCCAGCACCCCUGGUUCGCCGCCGCCGCCGCCGCCACCACCGCCGCUUCCCCGGGAGGGCGAGGGGAGCCGGAACAGAUGGUACCGGAGGUAACCAUGGAAGAGGAGCACUUAUUCAGUUGAGCACACGCCCAAGCACAAACGGACUACAGCUGUCGUUUAGCCAUGUUGUUGCUUUCCACCCCCCCCCCCCCCCCCCACAGCAUUUUCACAGAAAGAAAAAAAAAACUCCAAGACUAGCAUGAUAAACAUUGGAAGCUGACCCACAAAUAAUAAUGUAGCAUCAUGUGCUGUUCAAGAAACAUUUUUUUGUAAUUAUUCUUUUUGGUUUUGAUAUGGUGCUCGUAACAAGUAGGCAGAUUUCUGACACUACGGCAAGCAUGAAGGGACAGACCCACGAUUGGAUUCUUCAUCAUUACUGGGAUUGAAACAAAACAAAAAAAAAAAGAUUAUCAUCCUUGCUCCUCUGCUUUCAGUCUCGGAAUGUUUUCCCCGCAUUCCGCCGUGGUGUCCACUUGAUGCGUCUCCCACCAUUUUAAAUUUAGAACUUUAGGGGUUGGGAAUUUUCAAAGUUGGACAUCUUUUGUGGUGUAUCAUGUGAAUUUGGGGGAAUAACUGACAGGUGAACGGUGCACUCUAAAUCGUCCGUCAGUGUGACUGCGAGUGUGAAUGAUUGUUUGUAUGUGUGCCUUGUGAUUGGCUGGCAACCUGUUCAGGGUGUCCCCCGCCUUCUGCCCGAAGACAGCUGGGGUAGGCUCCAGCACGCCCGUCACCCCCGCGAGGAUAAGUGGAUUAGAAAAUGGAUGAAUAAGGAAUUUACAUUUUUUGUUUGUUUUACAGGGUUUCAGUCAUCAAGGUCAAAACAAUCCCUGAAGGUUGGUUCACCAACUCUUUUUUUUUUUUAAUUGACAUUUUUUAAGAUCUUGUUUAUGCGAUGAGGUUUACGAUUUAGUUUUGUAAUCAUCAGAUAUCCAUGCAAAAUAAUGUCACAAAAACAGGCUUCCCCCCCGGACCAAUUAAACAUUAAAUUGGCAUACAUGACCACACCCUGAACACGCGUUGGGGCUGCACCGUAUUCCCCUAAAUUCCCAUGAAAUCUAACUUUGAAAAUGUCUGGAAUUUUGCAACCCGUGGAAUAGUCUUCUGUUACAAAUAAAUGCCAAGUAUCGCGUGGUGGUCUGCACUUAACGUGUGGCUACCGUUUAAAAUUUUGUAUUUAAAGUUUUUGGGAAAACGAGAGUGCGGCGUUUAUUUAAAUGAAGCAGCUAUACAUGAAUAUAUGUGUACAUACAUAUAUAUGUAUGUGUAUAUAUAUAUAUAUAUAUAUAUCAAGAAGUAUAAAUCUAUAUAUUUAAAAGUACUACAUUGCAGGGUUUGAGUUUUUCUUUUGACACAGGACGUUGUCUCACGCUCGCAAUCCACCUUAUGGGCUACUAUUUCCACCUCCACUCCCCCUCUUCGAUCGGUAAAGCACUUGCAGAAUUCCGGGCCACGCUGUGCAUUAUGGGUAAGGGUACUUUGGCUCCCAACUUUUCCUCUUUUUUUUUUCCCUCCCCCUACCUGGACUCCCACACAUGCGUAGCAGAGAUCUGCAAGUGGUUUAUUCUCAAUGAUCCUUAAAUUUGCAAGGGAGGGGUCUGGUCCAGGCUGGAUGGCCAAGUUAAAAAAAAAAAGAUUUUUUUCUUUUUCCCUUGUAGAUGGAGCUUCCUUUUUUAUUUAAAUUGGUGCUGAUUUGGUACUAGUGAGAAAAAGGGGUACCAGGGAAGGCUUUUUUUUUUUUGUGGUGCAUGGUGGGAUAUCUGCCUCAGAUGUUCAGAUGAUAUCGUUUAAAACCAUUUCUGGUGUUUUGUCCAAAUUUAUUAUUCCGUCAAUAAAAUUGUGAACUGCAAUCUGGUGUCUUGCUGUAAUUUUAUCCAAGCGUGUAUUUAAUGUAAACACAAGAUCAGGAUGAACAGAUGAAGCAGAAUCACAAUGAAUUCAUAUUUGCAUGUAUUUUCAUAAAACUGAAAUACAUGUCUAUUUGUGCACAUAUACAUAUCGGUGAUGUAUAUAUGUAUCUAUUCAUGCAUUUAUGUACAGUAUGUGUAUAAAUGUGUCGAAUCAAAAUCGCUAUAUAAAUCUUAUCAUUCUUACUUAUUUUUAUUCGGUUACUUUUAAUUUUAUUAUUCAAAUCAUAGUGACCCACAUUGCCAAAGCUGGGGGGUUUUUUUUGUAUGUUGAAUGUCCCCCCCCCAUUUCAUUUUGUCACGUGGUUGCACAAACUAAAAUCAUUUGGAUCCAGAUAGAACUUCCAAGUAGAUUUAUAGUCAAAUCAAAAUGACAUCUCCUCUUAAUAAUUAUACAGUAAUACUCUCAUUUUAAAAAAAAUCUAUUUUGGAGCUACAGUGCAUGUUUAUCCAUUAGACAGCCACAAUUACUUUAGCGCCACCGUAUGGCCAAAAGGCGUAUUAAUGUACAAUUUUACCUUGGAAAUUCACGGUCAAGUCACACUAAAAUCUAACAGAAGCAUUUUUUACAUCCUGUAAGAUAUUUUAGAAAACAGUAACGCCCAUUAACGAAAUGAAACGAAUUACUAUCGCGAAUUAGAUAUGUAAUGACAAAGGCAACAUUAAAAUUAUUUCAAGAAAUUCUGCUCUAAACGGAUGCACUUUUCUUAUCUCAGAGCUUUAUUGGAUACGUUAGGUUUUGUGCUGCUCCACAAGCUCCUUUUUAUGCUGCUCGUUUGUCAAGGACUUAACGUGGCAAUAAAGUGUUACGUUGGCGUCGUCCCUCUAUCAGCUGCUCUUGUGUGGACAUCAACUUUUAUGAUAUGCAGUAUAUACUGUGUAUGUUUGUUUGUAUGGCCGCAGGCAACAUGUGACAUUGUUUGAUGGGUUUUACCGCACGCCUAAUUGCACAAUGCAAACUCCCGAGGGCCUCAUACAAGUCACGUCAUGUUGAUUUAUGUGAUCUGAUGUAGUCGGCAUUCUGGCCUACAAGCCACAUUUUGAAGGCUUGCAAACAAAAUUGUAUUAAAAUUCAUUCCCCAAAAAGUCCAAAAUGUUCCCCAAAAAAUCACCCAAAAUUGUACCACAAAAAUUGCAAAAAAAAAAAAAAAAAUCACUCCAAAAGGUGUCAAAUAAAUAAAUAAGGAAUCAGGCAAAAAUUCUGAUGAAAAGAAACAAUCACUCAAAAAAAACUACUCAAUUUGAAAUGAUUUUUUUGGUCUUUUGUCGGACACUUAACCAAAUCACUAAAAUCUCGGUACAAAAGUUCCUCAAAAGGGAAGCUCUUUAUAUCAGAAUCUGUGUGAAACAAAAGCCAAGCAACCGCGACUUUGAUAGCCCCUGUGAAUGUGAUUACGAAUUAAAACGGGCCAAGACCAAGUGCUCCGACACGGUCUUCAAAACAUGGACUUGUCUCGACUGUGACUUCAGUCUUUUACUGGAAAUCCGAGGCUGUGUUUUUAUGCAUGAAUAGACUUACUUUCCUCAGAGGAAAAACCAAGCAUUAUAGCAAGCAAUUAACCUUCAAAAAAAAAGAA